AUGGCGGUUGCCGCCCCCAGCGUCCCCUUGGACCACCUCGACUUUGAUUCGCCCCAAGUAGAAGGAACGUAUCUGGAACGGCUCUACGCCAUGUUGGACCAGUGUUCGCCAACAAUUGCAUCGUGGACACCGAACGGUACAGCGUUCGUCGUGUACGACGUCGAAGCGCUCGAGGCGACCGUGUUACCGCAGUUCUUCAAACCUAUCAAGUUCGCGUCGUUUGCACGCCACCUUGGCUCGUACGGAUUUCGCAAAGUCAAAUGCGUUAUGGACAAUUCCGUGCUGUACGGGUUUCGCCAUGCCACCCUGGUGCGAGGCCAAAUCCACGAGGCGCGUGCCGUGCAACGGCGCCAACGACCACGUCGGCCAGACCCCACACCACCACAAACCGACGAAGAGAUCUUGCAAGAUGUAAUUGGUCAAGUCAACCAACUGCGGGCAGACAUGGCCGCUACAAAGUCCAUGUUGAAGACUCUCCUCGAACUGAAUGAUCUAGAAUAG